CGUGAGUCAUGUGAUGGGUGACCUCAAUCUCAGCCAAGAAGCUGAGAAGCGUGGGAGUCCAGAAACCCGACACACCACCGCACACUACCUCGAGUACGAAGGCGUACAGCACGGACUGACUCUACCAUUGGCUCUAGGAACCUUUCUGAUGGCGAGGCUGGAUUGUGGGAUGAUAACCUCCAAGUCGGUACUUCUGCUGCUCAGUCUGAUCUUUUUGACUGCAGGGGCAGCCCUUGGGUAUGUCGGAGGGCACUUCAUCACAGCCUAUGAGGACUAUGAUGCCUUCUUCAAGGAUGAACACAUCUUGCUGCCUGCUAUCAUCAUCACAGUUGUUGCUAUCGUGAUGGUUUUUGUUGGGAUUAUUGGCUGUUUGGUCACAAUCAAAGAGUCCUCUGUUGGACUCCGGCUUUUCCUGGUCAUUCUCUUGCUGAUGUUUAUUACAGAAGUAACAGCUUUCAUCUUGGGAUUUAUGUACAGGCAGAAGGUGGUGACAGAGGUACAAAGCACCAUGCGUACUAUCUUCCAGACAUAUGAUGGAAAGAAUCCGGAGACAGAGAUGGUGGAUUUCUGGCAGAAUCAGUUUCAGUGUUGCGGUGUAAAGAAUUAUACUGACUGGACUGUUACUCAGUGGUUCAAUACCACCGGAGGCAACCGUGUCCCUCAGAGUUGUUGCAAACAGGGAUUUAAGAACUGCACAGGACUUCUCAGUGAACCUCAGGAACUCAAUACAAUGGGCUGUGCAGGAAUAAUGGAAUCUCAUAUAAAGGACCUUAUCAAUUACACUAUGAUUGUCGUCUUAGGAUUUGCCAUUGUGAAGUUUUUUGGAAUGCUGAGUAUCUUGGUAAUCGCGUGUAAGAAGAUUGACAAUGGAUACCAGCCCCUGUACUCAGGAGUGUUUGCUUGAACAGACAAGAUGGGAGAAUGAUUCUUCAUCGGAUCCUAGGGCAAAUAAGGCUUUUAGAGAUUAUUCCCAAAUAAAUUGUGCUGAUUCCUAUUAUUAAAUAUUUAAUUAACACUUGGACAAAGAUACUUAUUGCUUUGGAAGGUUUGGGGGGCACUACAUAGUGAGAAAUGGAAUACGACUUGCAGUUGAAAAGUUUUCAUAUACUGCUCCUCAGAUUUCUUACUCUUAAAAUAUUUGAACCCAAGUGCUUUAAUUUCAGAUUAUUCUAAGACUGAGGUAAAGAUUUUCCAGUCUACCACUCUUUCAGUGUAUAAACUGGUCCUCUUGCAAUUUUAAAAAUUCUUCUGGUAUCUCCUCUAUAAUUAACAUUCAUUUUGAAGAGUUUAGUUUUCUUUAAAAGACUAAAAUUAUUAUAGUCAUUAAAUUUGCUUGAAAAUACUGUGAUUGACAGGGGGGGGGGGACCUUCCAGAUAAGUUCUUAUGACUGACUUAAUUCUCUGUUCCAUGAGAAUGUGAAUUUAAAAUACAGUAUUAUGGAUUUU